GUCAAUAAUGACAGGACGUACUAUGAUGCUGGAUGACUGUUGAUUUACGAAAGUCAAGCCGCGAGUGUUAUUUUGCAAAUAAUAUAUGUUGCUAUCUUAUUAUCUAUAUCUUCAUCAUUAAGAAAAACGAUUUAUAAAAAUGUUCCGCAAUCAGUAUGAUAGUGAUGUAACAGUAUGGAGUCCGCAAGGACGUCUACAUCAAGUGGAAUAUGCCAUGGAAGCUGUAAAAUUGGGAUCAGCAACUGUCGGUCUCAAGAAUAAAACACAUGCUGUUCUUAUUGCAUUGAAAAGAGCAACAUCGGAAUUAUCAGCUCACCAGAAGAAGAUUAUACCAAUAGACAAGCAUAUGGGGAUCAGUAUCUCGGGUUUAACUGCUGAUGCAAGAAUAUUGAGCCGUUAUAUGCGAACCGAAUGCUUGAACUAUAAGUACGCUCAUGACGAUACAUUACCUGUGAGUCGUUUAAUCGCGUCUCUGGGAAAUAAAAUGCAAACAUGCACACAGAGAUACGAUAGACGUCCGUUCGGUGUCGGUUUACUCGUGGCAGGUUACGAUGAUCAAGGUCCACAUAUAUAUCAGACAUGUCCAUCGGCGAAUUAUUUCGAUUGUAAAGCAAUGGCUAUAGGAUCUCGCUCUCAAAGUGCGAGAACGUACUUGGAGAAACAUCUGAAUGAAUUUUUAUCGUGCGAUCUUGACGAGUUAGUAAAGCAUGGCCUUAGAGCGUUACGCGACACCUUACCUAACGAAGUUGAUCUAUCAGUGAAGAACGUAUCAAUUGGGAUAGUAGGAAAGGAUUAUGAUUUCACGAUUCUCGACGAAACCACAACGGCCACCUAUUUGUCUCAAAUCGAAGGGGAUGACAAACGCGGAAGACCUGCAGAGCAGGUUAUGCAAGAUGAUAGACCUCCGCAAGAUCCGCCUGCCGACGAAGACCCGCAAGAUCCUCAAGUAGCCAUUGCCAUGGAUACAGAUUAAAUAAUAUAAAAAUUAAACACAAUACAUAAAAAAAAUUAUCCUAUACAAUUUAUAUAUAAAAAUUAAAGCGCAUUUUAUGCUUAAA